CCUCUCCCCGCCAAGCCUCCCAUGCCGAAGCCCACCUUGUCCGUCACUUCCUUUUGUCACCGGCUUGGCAAACGGGAGAGAAAGCGGAGCUUCAUGGGAAACAGCAGCAACAGUUGGUCCCACGCGGCCUUCCCCAAGCUGGAGCUGGGCCUGGGGCCUCGCACCGCGGCCCCCCGGGAGCUGCCUGCCUGCUCCAUCUGCCUGGAGCGGCUGCGGGAGCCGGUCUCGCUGGACUGUGGCCACGAUUUCUGCUUGCGGUGCUUCAGCACGCACCGUGUCCCGGGCUGCGAGCCGCCCUGCUGCCCGGAGUGCCGUAAGACCUGCCGGCAGAAGAAGGGCCUUCGUGGCCUGGGCGAGCGUAUGAGGCUUCUGCCGCAGCGGCCACUGCCUGCCGCGCUGCAGGAGACGUGUGCUGUGCGUGCAGAACCGCUGCUGCUGGUCCGGGUCAACGCCUCGGGCGGUCUGAUCCUCAGGAUGGGUGCCAUCAACCGCUGCCUGAAGCACCCCCUGGCCAGGGACACCCCCGUGUGUCUCCUUGCCGUCCUCGGGGAGCAGCGCUCAGGGAAGUCCUCACUCCUCAACCGCUUGCUUCAGGGUCUGCCUGGCCUGGAAUCCGGGGAGGGUGGCUGGCCCAGAGGAGCUGAAGGCUGCCUGCAGGGCUUCGGCUCUGGGAGCAACAAUGGCCUCACCAGGGGUAUUUGGAUGUGGAGUCGCCCCUUCUUGCUGGGAAAGGAGGGGAAGAAGGUGGCUGUGUUCCUGGUGGAUACGGGCGACACCAUGAGCCCAGAGCUGAGCAGAGAGACCAGGAUCAAGCUCUGCGCCCUCACAGCGAUGCUGAGCUCUUACCAGAUCCUCAACACCUCCCAGGAGCUGAAGGACACUGACUUGGACCAGCUGGAGAUGUUCACCCAGGUGGCCGAGGUGAUGGGCAAGCAUUAUGGGAUGGUGCCAGUCCAGCACCUGGACCUCCUCGUGCGAGGCUCCUCCCAUCCCUGCAAGGCUGGGCAGGUGCAUGCUGAUGAUGUCCUUCAGAAAUUGGUGGGCAGAUACCCCAAGGUCCAGGAGCUGCUUCAAGGGCGGCGAGCCCGCUGCUACCUCCUGCCAGCUCCGGGGCGGCGCUGGGUGGAUAGAGGCCAAGGCCGUGGCAGCCCAGGAGGUGGAGCCGAGGACGCCUGUGGCCACCUGCUUACAGCCUACGUGCUGGACGUGCUUGGUGCAGUCCCCCAGCAUGCCAAGAGCCGCUGCCCGGGGUACUGGAGCGAGGGGCGCGCCGUGGCCCGGGGGGACCGACGCCUGCUCACGGGGCAGCAGCUGGCGCAGGAGAUCAAGAACCUCUCGGGCUGGAUGGGGAGGACGGGGCCUGGGUUCAGCUCCCCGGACGAGAUGGCCGCCCAGCUGCAUGACCUGAGGAGGGUGGAGGUUGCCAAGAAGGAGUUUGAGGAGUAUGUGAGGCAGCAGGACAUGGCCACCAAGCGCAUCUUCUCAGCGCUCCGUGUCCUGCCAGACACCAUGCGGAACUUGCUGUCUGCCCAGAAGGAUGUGGUCCUGGCCCGGCACGGGGCAGCCCUGCUGUGCAAGGGCAGGGAGCAGACCCUAGCCACCCUGGAGGCCGAGCUGCAAACCACAGCCAAGGCCUUCAUGGACUCCUAUACCAUGCGCUUCUGUGGCCACCUGGCCGCCGUGGGGGGCGCCGUCGGGGCUGGGCUCAUGGGCUUGGCUGGGGGUGUGGUGGGUGCAGGCAUGGCGGCCGCUGCGCUGGCUGCCGAGGCUGGGAUGGUGGCAGCUGGGGCCGCAGUGGGGGCCACUGGGGCAGCUGUGGUCGGGGGUGGCGUGGGUGCUGGGCUGGCUGCCACCGUGGGCUGCAUGGAGAAGGAAGAGGACGACCGAGUGCAGGAGGGAGACCGUGAGCCCCUUCUCCAGGAAGAGUAA